GCCCAUUAUCUACGCCUGUGCAGUCGUCGGUCUCAUACGUUAUAAAUGCCGCUUCUCUCUCUCUCCUCAAAUCACUCUCCGCAUUUUCUCUCGUUUCCACUUCUGUUCUACCACUACGCUCGGUAUACAGUUGCAGAGAUUCGAUCAUAGUUAUCAAACUUUUUCCUCCGUUUUUUUUUUUUUUUUUCUAACGACGGCCAAAAAAGGAAAAAAGUUCAAAAUCUUUCAAAGCUACAUCACACAGACUGGUCUGUAGGUUUCAUGGAGAUCGUGUAGACGCUAGGAAAAAACACAGUUUCGUCGGAAAGCAGCGAUGUCGAAGAGCCCGUGUCGUGAAGAAAGGUUUCAGGCUCCUUAAAGGGCACGUAAGCUAGGGGAUUUCCUGCAGCAUCAGAUCCAAGACGCUAAAAGUCUUCAUCAUGAGGCGACUCGCUUGCUGUAGAUGGGACAGGGAGAUCAGCCUCGACUUCGACGAACAAGAAGGAAGGAUAAUGACAUACAAUGGUCUUGAGAGCUGCAUUCUUAACAGUAGCUCUUACGACAAUGAGAGUGGAACAAGUAGAGCAGAUGGUUGCCCAAGUGAUUCCUUGGAUGAAGUUACCUCAAGUUGUUCUUCUAGUAAAGAUGUGUUUGGAUCCUUCUCCUCUCAACCCCUACUGAACAAGCACAUUAAUCAUUCUCAUGAUGAAUGGGAGGAUGUCUCAAACAGCUCUCAACGCUUCUAUGCCAAAGAGAAACCAGCUUAUGGAGUUAAAUUUACAGAUACAGAGGCCAUGAAAGAAAGAUUUUCUAAACUGUUGCUGGGUGAAGAUAUCACUGGUGGAUGCAAGGGCCUCAGCACUGCAUUAGCACUGUCUAAUGCUAUAACCAACCUCGCUGCAUCAAUCUUUGGGGAGAUGUGGAAAUUGGAGCCUCUGUCUGAUGAAAAGAAGAGCAAAUGGCGAAGGGAGAUGGAUUGGUUCCUCUCCCCUACUAACUACAUGGUUGAGUUGGUCCCUGCCAAGCAACAUGACAUCAAUGGUGGAAUCUUAGAGAUAAUGACACCAAAAGUUCGCUCAGACAUCCACAUGAAUCUUCCAGCACUUCAAAAGCUAGACUCCAUGCUUAUUGAGAUAUUGGAUUCAAUGGUGAACACAGAGUUCUGGUAUGAGGAAGGAGGCAGUAGAGGAGAAGGAAGGAGCAAAAGUGCGAGGCCGAGCAGGAGAUGGUGGCUCCCAUCUCCGCGAGUCCCCAGAGCUGGACUAUCAAUAACUGAAAAGAAGAAAUUGAUUCACCAGGGGAAGGUGGUACAUCAAGUUUUCAAGGCCACUAAAGCAAUCAAUGAAAAUGUCUUGCUUGAGAUGCCCGUUCCAACAGUCAUUAAGAACGCCCUUCCCAAGUCUGGAAGGGCAAACCUGGGUGAGGAGUUAUAUAAGGUCUUGAAUGCAGAGUCAAGCUCAGUUGAGGAAAUGUUCAAUUCAUUACAUUUGAAGAGCGAACAUAGUGCCCUUGACACCAUGAACAGGUUGGAGACUGCUGUCUUUGCCUGGACACAGAAAAUAGCUGAGCAAGCAAGUGGUAAAUCUCCAAGAAAUUCGUGGUACUUUGUGAAGGACCCCAUAUCUGAGCUAGAUAAGAUUGAGGUAUUGUUGGGGAGAGCUGAAUCCCUUUUACAGACGAUCAAGAUCCGGUUUCCAAAUAUUCCUCAAACAUUUCUUGAUGUUACAAAAGUUCAAUACAAUAUGGAUGUCGGGCAUUCAAUUCUUGAAGCUUACUCGAGAGUGCUUGGGAGCUUGGCUUUUAGCAUACUCUCUAGGAUAGGAGAUAUCUUACAAGAAGAUGUCUUUAGCAAUCCCAACUCACCAGUUGUGACUUGUUGCUUUUCUGGGCUUAAUUUCUCAGGAAUGUUUGAAUCUCCACAGGUAGAGAGCCGCGUUUGUCAUUCACUCAUUGAACAGAUCAACAAGGCAGACAGGCAAUUCUGCGAGUCUAGUGAAAGUAAAUCUUCUGAUGUGGACUUCUCUGACAGUGAGCCCAAAACAAGUUCUGUGACUUCAACACCAUGUAGAAGCCGAGUAUGGUGUAUUGGUAGAGAAGCUUGUAGAAGUGUCUCCCUUGCAAAUUCCCCCUGAUAGAUACAUAAAUUAUCAACAGAUCUACCUUCUGUAAAUGAAAGUAUAAGUUCUUAAUGAGAAUCAAUGGAUACAUAUUUUUUCAGUUUGCA